AAAGCGAAAACCCUUUGGCUUUGACAGCCACCGCCACAAGUCUUUCCGCCUCCCCAGACUGCCUGGGGAGCUGGGAGCUGGAUUAUGGUGGCCUGACCAACAAACGCAGCGGACUUGGGAGCCCGGAGGCCCGACCCCAGCCCCCCACCCUCGCCACCAACCCACUGGGAGGAGCAGGACCCCAGCAGACCUGCCAUGCCUGCCCCUCCCAGUGCCCUGAGGGGCCAAGCGGGCCUCUCCCAGACCGCUGCUGAGGCUGAAGCCUACAGCCAGAUGUAGCCACGCUUCGGAUCCAUCUCCUCCCCUUUGCUUGCUCUCUGCGAAUUCCACCCACUCCCUAGAAGGGGGUUGGCCUGGCCAAGGGGGCCUGCAGACUCUGGAGCCCUGAUGCCUCACAGCUCACUCAGCUGAGGAGCCUCCAGCACCUGAAGUUGGGGCCAGGCAACAGGAACAGAGGUGGGCCAGCAAGAGCCACGAGGACCCGCAGGCCAGGGCCCACCAUGGCCCAAGCUCUGCCCUGGCUCCUGUUGUGGAUGGGCUCGGGUGUGCUGCCUGCCCACUGCUCCCAGCCUGGCAUCCGGCUGCCCCUGCGAAGCGGGCUGGGGGGAGCCCCCCUGGGGCUGCGGCUGCCCAGAGAGACUGAGGAGGAGCCGGAGGAGCCAGGCCCCAGGGGCAACUUUGUAGAAAUGGUGGACAACCUGCGAGGCAAGUCUGGCCAAGGCUACUAUGUGGAGAUGACCGUAGGCAGCCCCCCACAGACGCUCAACAUCCUGGUGGACACAGGCAGCAGUAACUUUGCGGUAGGGGCUGCCCCCCAUCCUUUCCUGCACCGCUACUACCAGAGGCAGCUGUCCAGCACAUACCGGGACCUCCGCAAGGGUGUGUAUGUGCCCUACACCCAGGGCAAAUGGGAGGGGGAGCUGGGCACUGACCUGGUGAGCAUCCCCCAUGGCCCCAACGUCACCGUGCGUGCCAACAUUGCUGCCAUCACUGAGUCCGACAAGUUCUUCAUCAACGGCUCCAACUGGGAGGGCAUCUUGGGGCUGGCCUAUGCUGAGAUCGCCAGGCCGGAUGACUCUCUGGAGCCUUUCUUUGACUCCCUGGUAAAGCAGACCCACGUUCCCAAUCUCUUCUCCCUGCAGCUCUGUGGUGCCGGCUUCCCCCUCAACCAGUCAGAGGCACUGGCCUCAGUUGGAGGCAGCAUGAUCAUUGGGGGCAUCGACCACUCGCUGUACACGGGCAGCCUCUGGUACACACCUAUCCGGCGAGAGUGGUAUUACGAGGUGAUCAUUGUGCGGGUGGAGAUCAAUGGACAGGAUCUGAAAAUGGACUGCAAGGAGUACAACUAUGACAAGAGCAUCGUGGACAGUGGCACCACCAACCUUCGUCUGCCCAAGAAAGUGUUUGAAGCUGCAGUCAAAUCCAUCAAGGCAGCCUCCUCGACUGAGAAGUUUCCCGAUGGUUUUUGGCUGGGAGAGCAGCUGGUGUGCUGGCAAGCAGGCACCACCCCUUGGAACAUUUUCCCAGUCAUCUCACUCUACCUAAUGGGCGAGGUCACCAAUCAGUCCUUCCGCAUCACCAUCCUUCCACAGCAAUACCUGCGGCCAGUGGAAGAUGUGGCCACAUCACAAGACGACUGUUACAAGUUUGCCAUCUCACAAUCAUCCACUGGCACCGUCAUGGGAGCUGUGAUCAUGGAGGGCUUCUAUGUUGUCUUUGACCGGGCCCGGAAACGAAUUGGCUUUGCUGUCAGCGCUUGCCAUGUGCAUGAUGAGUUCAGGACAGCAGCAGUGGAGGGUCCUUUUGUCACCCUGGACAUGGAAGACUGUGGCUACAACAUUCCCCAGACGGACGAAUCGACCCUCAUGACCAUAGCCUACAUCAUGGCUGCUAUCUGCGCCCUCUUCAUGCUGCCACUUUGCCUCAUGGUGUGCCAGUGGCGCUGCCUCCGCUGCCUGCGCCAUCAGCACGAUGACUUUGCAGAUGACAUCUCCCUGCUCAAGUGAGGAGGCCCGUGGGCAGAAGAGAUUCCCCUGGGCCACAUGUGGGUGGUUCACUUUGGUCAUAAGUAGGAGAAACAGGUGGCACCUGUGGCCAGAGCACCUCGAGACCCUCACCCACUGCCAAUGCCUCUGCUUUGACAGGAAAGAAGGAAAAGCUGGCAAGGUGGGUCAUGGAGAUUGUGCCUGUAGGAAGCAGGCAAGGGAAGGAAGUCACACUCUGGAGGCGGGGAUACUCUUGGUCACCUCCAACUUGCGUUUGGAAAUUCUGCUGCUUGACACUUCAGCCCUGAAUCUGUCCACCAUCUCUUUAGAGUCUCCAACCUAAAGUAUUUUUGUUUUCUCAGUUCCAGAAGUAGUGGCCUCACACCCAGGUUACCCCUGUGUGUGUCUCUGCAGUACCCCAGCAGAGAAGGGGCCAAUUUCAUUUCCUUGCUGGCCAAAGUUAGUAGGGGCAGAUGCAGUUUGCUAUUUGCUUUAGAUAGGGGCUGUAUAAAUAUGCCUAACACCGGUGCAAUGGUUGCCUCUUGAGUUAAAACAAAAAAAUAAUAAUUAGGUUGAAUAUUUGUACAAAGGGGGGGGUGGUGGGAAGAGGACAAGGAAUGGAGUACAGAGACAGGCAACACUGGGAUCCAAGUUAGGAAAGGCAGAAACAUGACCACUCACCAGUCCCAGUUUUAGACACUUUCAACAUAGAACCCACCUCAUAAGAUGGGUGUUGCUUCCCAAUGUUUUCUCUGUGGUUGGCAGCCUGACCAAAAGGGAGAUGGGAAGAAGGGCUCAUCUAGCCAAAGAGCUCUUUUUAGCUCGCCUAAAGGAAAAGUGCUCACAAAGAAAUUCCCAUGGACAAAUGAAUUUCUACCUUAUUAAUUCCACUUGUCUGUACCUGAACCCUUCACUCCACAUGGGAUAGGAACCACUGAUAUAUACUGACCCCUUUGCUCCCCCUGUGCUCUCUGGGAAAGCAACUGGGACAUAGCAAAUGUAGUGGAGUGGGCUCUUGUCUUCCUGGUCAUGUGUUCACUUCCACCCCCAAAUCCCUACCCCCUCUGGAACUUCGCAGCUGAGGUGCUAAGCGGAAUAAAUAGGAGGCCUUACCUGCCUGACCAUUGAAAGAAUCCUAAAGAUUCCUCAAUAGGUAGGAGGGCUUGGUACCCUAUGUCUGCCUGGAUUUUUUCCUGUUCAGCUGCAAGAAGAUCUCUACACAGAGCAGUUUCUUCACCUUCUCACCCUCUCUACUGUCCUUUCCAUUUACUUGGUUAAAGCACCUGGAAGUGGCACUAGUAUUAUAAUAAGAGUGUCAGGAACACAGGACUUUCUGGCUCUGGCAUCACUGCCUUCAGUACCAAGGCUGAAGUACCUCAGGGCUUUCCUAGUUCCUUCACAAGACAGUCUUUCCAUGGGAUGCCCCCUCUUUCCCUUACUCCUAGUCUCUACUUUCCUCUCCAAGAAUACAUGGGUACCCAGGCUGGUUCUUGGGCUAGAUGAUGGGGACCAAAUUAAUCUCCUCCCUCUCAGUUCUACCACAGUGGCCCCCAAUACCAGUGUUGGUGGGAAAAGCUGAAUUUUUCUGGUAUUCCCACCAGUUCCUAUUCCUAUCUGGUCAACACAUUGCUUCCAGGUAUGGAGCCUACUAAAUGUGGAAUUGCCUGAUGAGGGAGAGGGGCUACAAGGAGGGCCUCUAGAGAUUCUGGUGUCAGCCAGUUGCCCACAAGCCAUAAACCAAUAAAAUAAGAAUACCGAGUCAUGUUUUUUCUUUUUAAUCUGGGUUUUCUUCCUUCCCACUGUACUCGGUGCUGCUUUGGCUGACUGGGAACACUCCCUGACCACAAAGACUGACGGGAAAAGUGAAGACUGUCUACUUCCAGUUCUGGACUUACUAUGUAAAUAAACUUCCAGAACUGCUACCAUGAGAUGUAAAUGUCACAUCUGCUUUAUAAUUUCUACCCAUGUUGGGGAAAACUGGCUUUUCCCCAGGGCAUAAAACUCAACCCCUUCAUUACAAGUCCCACUGUCUUGUUUUGCUUUUAAGAGAAAACUUGUACUUAUUUUUCUUUUUACACUUACUUCCUUUCUACCCUGAAACUAUGAACUCUAAAUGUAAAAUGAAAAUCUUGACAACAACUUCUUGCUUGUAAAAAUAUGUAUUAUACAUCUCUAUUUUUUAAUUUUAUUCAGAAAAACGACUGUCCCGCCUCUACUCACUGUAUUUGGAGCCUUUCCCAAUGGUCUAUGUGGCUUUUGCCACUGCAGGUCAGUGGGCAGAGGGAAAAGGGAGAACACAGGUGGCCAAAAUUUAAGUGUUACUUUCUGACUGAUACUGAACAAGAAUGAGAAAGGAGCAACAAGAAGUUUCCAGCUCCCAAGCACAAUUCUCUAAAACACCUGGUCUGCUGCUAAAGUUGGCUUUUGAGGGGUUUUUGGUAGGAAGCAGUUAAGCAACCCCUCCCUGCCUCCACAUUUUCUCUCUACUCCUUUGGUUUCAAAGAUUUGUGGAAAAGAAACAGAUUACUCUUUAUAGCCACUUGUAAUUUCUAAAUUUGGGGGGAAUACUGGAAAAUACUGUAGAUAACCCAAAGGUUGUUGCAAAGUUGUGAGGAAAGAAUAUCUUAAGAAUAUAAGAUAAGGACUGGGAAGAUGGUUACACAAAAACACUUUCAUGCCUGAGGCACCAAUGAUUCCAGGUUUAGUCACCAGCACCAUAAGCCAGAGCUGAGCAUAACUAAACAAAAAAAGAAAAUCCUUCCUGCCCCUCAUGAGAAGAACAAAGGAACUCAUCUUCCAUGCUGCCAUAUUUCUCAUUCAUGACAGCUACCAAACUAGAGACAUUAAUGUGUCAUUAACCAAAGAAAGUGGGUCAUCUGUCCUCACAGACAGGAGUACUCAGGCCAUUUUGGUUACCCUAUGAGGAGAUGCCAAGGAGGUCCUAAGAAGUCCAGCUCCUUCAACUGAUGCUAGUCUAUAAAUCUAGUGAAGUAAGGCAAAAGAAGAGAAAGUAUCCAUGAGCUGACAGGCAAAGAUGAAAGACACAAGAGAAAGGAGAAAUUUAGUUAGAUCUGAAAGAAAACAUCUUCCCAACCCUAGGUCCCAGAAUGAAAAAAAUUCAUUUGUUGGUAACAAAAUAUUGUCCUUCCCCUGGAGAGUAAUUUUUGUUACUAUUAUUAAUACUUUGUUUUUACUUGUUUAAUUCCAAGAGGGAGAGGAGAAAAGCCAUUUCUUGCAAGAGUAAAGGUAAAAGAAAAGAUGCAAAGUUUCCCCAGAUAAAAACUUAAAAACCAAAAGCACUCAAUAAGUAGAGGUGGGAAAAUGUCCUAGUUCCAGACAGCCAACUAUUAGAACAAAUGACUUAAAAACUUAAAUCUCCCUUCUUCCUAUCACUCUGAUCAUAUGCCACCCAUAGUUUUCUUGUUUCAAAAACUAAAACCUAGCAUCCCAAGAUCAUUCUGAAAAUAAUUUCACACAGACAUCUCCUCACCCCAGUGCCUGCCUAGAGCUCACCCAAGGUCACCAAACAACUUGUGAACCAACUGCCUUAACCUUCAGGGGGGAGGGGGCUAGACUAGGAGACCAGAAGCGGAGAAAAAGAGGUGAAGACAUCAUAAGUUGUUCUGUAAGAGCUUGAUCAGAAGCCAAGUCAGUGGUGGCAAGGGAUGACUUGGCCCAGAAAAGAGUUAUGGGUUGUGCUAGUUUCUGAAGAGAUUACUACCCAGGAUAUAGAGUAGAUAGGAGUUGUGAGGGUUGUGGGAGAAAAUGGGACCUGGUUAUGUUGUUAUUCUUGGUCUGUGGAUUUUGCUGAUGUCAAACAGAAUCUUCUGUAAAGCCUAUUGUCUAUGUAUAAAUAAUGAGUAUUAACACAGUAAAAUAUUCAAAGAA